AGAAAUGAUAGUUACCUGACCGCUAAUACAAUAUUUGUUGCGAGGUGAAGAUUUUGACAACAUAAAUUAUUCAACAAAGAAGACUUGCACUUUUUGUUGCAGAAAAACUCAAUCUGGAUUCGUCUGACUUUAGCUGUAUGAUGCAGAAUUGACAGUCGAGGUUCCACUUUCAGUGAAGACUGAAGUGACAAGUGGCAACCGACAAGCUGUAGAUUGCGUGUACAGUACAGUGCCAGAUUGUCUUCACUCUUAAUCGGAUAUCAGGAGAAGAAAACACUGGAUGUAGUCGUCCGUUGAUCAAUACCUUCAUAACACAAGGAACUGGUACCAAUUGGUGCUGAUGUCUGAUGAUGAAACAACCAAAAUGUAAAAACAUGUAAGGACCAAACACAGACAUCCGGAACAAUUUCUGGCAAAUGGACACACGAUUUUCCAGUGACACAAUGUGAAAUUGAUCAGUUUGAUUGAACAAAAGACUGCUCGUGAUAGACCAGCAAAUCCUCAUCAGUAUUAGAAAUGGAAAGUUUCUAUGAGUAAGACCAAGCAGACUUCAGAACAAUGGGACAGUCCUUACGCAAGCAACGCAGACACAAGAACUACCCACGGCCGUCCCGUAUGCCAAGCUUUCUGGAGCCAGCAAGCAAGCUGCCCGAUCUAUCCGAGAUGCCACCAGAACUUGCCUACAUGGUGUUGUCCAACCUGAAUGCAGAGGAUCUGUGUUUAGCCAUGUGUGUCAAUCACUUGUGGAGGGAAUUAUCAAGAGAUGAUCUGCUGUGGCAAGGGUUAUGUCGGGGAACGUGGCGCUACGUGUCGUGUUACGACAGGGCUAACGAGCCAGGCUUCUGCUUCAUGGAUCUCUACAUGAAGCUCGAUGAAGGAUCACUCACGUUCAAUGCUGACGCUCAAAUGGGUCUGGAGUAUUUCAUUCAGAACCAUAUCAUUGACGACACACCACUUGCCAUUGCCAAGUUUAUUCACAACACUAAUAAGCUGGACAGGUAUCAAGUCCGACAGUUACUCACUAAGAGACAAGACAUCCUUCAGCAGCUAGUUUAUCUGGAUGACUACAAGCAGAAGUUGCUGCCUAAUGCGCUACGGACCUUCUUCUCCAACAUCCAAUCACCUGGGGCGAACGGUCACCAACUGCAGAAACUUCUCGAGAUCUUUGCCGAGCGUUUCGUCAGUUGCAACCCGGAAUGCGGCCUGUCCAAAGAUGGUAUCUGCAUCCUGUGUUAUUCCUUGAUUCUCCUGUCUGUGGAUCUGACCAGCCCCCACGUCAAGAACAAGAUGUCUAAGAGAGAAUUCAUCCGCAAUGUCCGCAACGCCACGCGAGAGGCAAACGAUGAGCUCUCAGGUCAUCUCUAUGACAACAUCUACCUUGUGGGUCACAUCGCUCCUCAGAGAUGGUAGCUGAUCUUGAUGAAAGCCCUGAUAUGUAGAUAGAGAAAAAUGUAUAUGAAAUUUAUCUGUGUUUUUAUUAUCUUUUGUGGACAUUCAAUGUUCCUUUUGAAUUUUAUGUGAUGCUGCGACAGCAAAAUAUUCAACUAGUAUUGCAGAAAUGCUUAUCAAAGCCAAUUUUGAUGAUGUAGGCUGUCAAUUUUGAAAAAAAAUUGAAGGUUCCUUAAGGUGUAGAAAAUCUCAUCAAUGACACUAUUUCCACAAUAGAUGUUAAAUAUGCAAAUUAGGUGAAAGGUUUUGUCCAAUGAGCGACUGCUUUUCUAACUUUCCACCAAUGGGUGUGGAG